AUGGGCAGCAGCACAACGUCGGACAAGACCAUCAACACGAGCACCGACUCAGCGGCCACCGCGCUCACCUCGGUCACCGGUACUGACGACUCCAUGGACGCCGAGCCUGACGCGCCCGAGCUGUCAGAACCCAGUCUCAUCGACGACCCCAACGUACCUACCCAUCCUCCUAGCACAGCCCCCCCUCACUAUCACAGAAACCAAAAUAGCUGUGACAUCGACUCCCCAGCGUACACCAAACCCCAAUCAGCAACUGAUGUUAUAGACUCUCCCAGACCCGGCCCGGCGCGGUUUGUAUUCGACGUUCCAAUACCAGACCCCAAGCGACAGGACAAACCACGAAACAAAACACAGACACAAGUAAGCCAGACAAGUAUAGCGUCCACGUCUAUACAAAUACCUUACGAUCCAAAGAUGGAUACGCCGAAGAGUCCAAAAGCGAACCAGACGAAGUAUGAGACACACUUUAAGUUCGAGCCUGACCCUGCGAAGAGGAGAGGCAGUGAACCAAGGGUUAAGAAUAAGCAGAAGAUAGAGAAGGAGUACUAUAAGGACGAAGUGGCGAAGUUGAGAAGACAGUUGGAGGGCACGGAGGUGUUCACAACGUCGAGAAGACGAUCGUCAGCACAUCAGCACUCUGUUCCUCCGCCGUCCGUUAGUAGAAGACAGUCGACAGCUGCUCAAGUUCACGUGACCGCCAACCCACUGGACUCGGCGACCAACAACAUCCCAGCUGGAAGGACUACCAUAGUGGUGCAGCAACCCUCACUCUCCUUGGACUAUGGUGGCUGCGCCACUAUCCUGGUCAGGGAUGACGAGCGCCGCAAGAGCAGGGUCUGCAGCGAUCACAUCCAGCAACUCCUGGACGUCACCAGCCAGUUCACGUCAGAAGAUCUUCAUGAGUUUGAUAAGAGGUACGGCAGCCCACAUCACUCGAGGUCGCAGUCAGUGAAGGCAGGACGCUCACGAACUGGAGAGCGGCAGUUGCUGGGCCUUCCCCAGCAGAGGGCGCGCGUCGCUUCCAUGCCCAACACUGGCGUCGAAGAGGAGUACUACCGGCUGAGGCACUUCAGCAUCACUGGUAAGGGUGUGGUGAACCGCGGCGACUCGCUGAGGUCACGUCGCUCGCGGUCCAACACCUCGGUAGCGUCCAGCGCGUCCAGCACUGAAGCAGUCACCAGGGCAUCAGCACCCUGCUCCCUAGCCUCCUCCAGGGACUCAUCAGCGGGGCUCAGUUCAUACCGGGUGCUGGUGCUAGGUGCGCCUGGCGUCGGCAAGUCCAGUCUGGUGGGGCAGUUCAUGACCUCGGAGUAUCUUCACGCUUACGAUACUAGCAUCGCACCUACUGUUGCAGAUGACGAAUCCGGGGAGAGAUCAGUGUGUGUGCUGCUAGCGGGCGAAGAGUCGGAGAUCACGUUCCUAGAUGCACCGCCUGACCAUAUUAUUACGGAAGGCUGUGCUCACGGGUACUGCGUGGUCUACUCGACAGCUGACAGAAGCAGCUUCAUGGAAGCCGAGAGAAGACUCCAGAUCCUAUGGGCAGCUGGCCACACCUCUCGGAGAGCGGUGAUCCUCGUCGGGAACAAGGCUGACCUGGCCAGGUCGAGAGCUGUUCCUACUGAUGAGGGCAAGAACUUGGCGACGUCGUACGAGUGCAAGUUCAUAGAGACAUCGGUGGGCAUCAACCACAACGUGGACGAGCUGCUGGUGGGGCUGCUCACGCAGAUCCGGCUGAAGCAGCAGCAUGCUGAGAGAGUCAGGAAGCGCAGCAAUUCCCGCAAGAACCGUGCGCGUGCGCGCUCGCCACUGGAGACGGAAACUCCUGCGCCGGCCGCCGCGCCGCCCUCCGCCUCGGCCAACAGCACGCCGCGCAAGCGCACCAGGCUCUCUGCCAGUGUCAAGGUCCGUGGUCUGCUGGGUCGGGUGUGGGCUCGCGACUCCAAGUCCAAGUCGUGCGAGAACCUCCACGUCCUCUAG